AUGUGGCCAUUUACUUCUUCAAAAAAGGACACUAGUCCAUCCACACGAGAAGACCGUUCAAAAUGCUGGGAAGCGAGAGACAAGUAUUUCGCUUGCCUCGACCGCGUUGGAGUGUUGAAACCCGGAGACGAGAAAAAAGACGGUGCAUGUGCGUCGGAGGAUAAAGCCUAUGAGCAGAAUUGCGCCAAAAGUUGGAUUGAAUAUUUUAAUCAAAGACGGGUCAUUGCGGACGCGCAGAAGGACAGACUAGCGCAGGCGAAUACUCAGGCUGCAAAUUCGAAAAGAUAG